AUGGCACUCCCCGUUCCGACCGAAUUCAACCCUACGACCCUCCCCCUCCCCCACCCCGAUGCAUACCCCGGCGAGCCCAGGGAGUUCGCCAUGGCGCUCAUGCAGCGCAAAGAUGAGAUCGAGAAGGAGAUCGACACUUUGAAAGAUAUCCUUGCCUCCUACGCAAUUCGGCAUGCCCGCGCAGCUCUCGCACGAUUAUACAAUGACCGACAAGCAGUAGUCGACCUUCUGGCACCAGCACUUGAGGCAGCCUUCGAUGCUCCCGAAGCACCUUCAUCAUCAGGGUCAGGUCCCAUGGUCAAUGGGGUCAAGCCGAACGGACAUGUCACCGAACCCUCCGCGACAGCGUCGGCGAGUACCUCGACGUCACGUACAGUGCCAACGGCGAGCGAGCAGUCUGCGUGGCCAGAGAGGGCUGUAGCGAGGGUGAACAGUGUAGCGCCUGGGAGUCCAGCAGAGGAUGCGGGACUACAAGCUGGAGAUAUGAUCUACUCUUUCGGUGAGGUGUCAUCGACUACGUCAGGCGGUCUUCAAGCUGUAGGCGCGCUGGUUGCUCAUUCAGAAGGGGUAUCAAUACCAAUAUUAGUUGAGAGACAGAGUCCUGCGGGCAUCCAGAGGAUAUCUCUCGGUUUGACACCGAGGAAUGGCUGGGGCGGGCGAGGAUCUCUAGGCUGUCAUAUACUGCCCGCUUAG